GUUCACUGCAAGCCGCACUCUUCCAGUUCAGUUUGGGCACCAAAGUGGCGCACCGCGCGGUGCACAGCCGAACCAGUUGCAGCACAACAGCCAGCGUGCGCGUUUUCAAGAUGCGGAAUAAUCACGGAACCCUUUCUGGUUGAGUGACGCGCCCGCUGUCCAAUCGGAACCAUGAUAGCCACCGGCGGCCUGCUGCGCAUGAACCGGCGCCAGGACUCCCUGCGCUCCAAGAACCGCGCGGAGAACAAGCGCAAGCAGAAAGCCAAGAAGAGGAAGAAGAAGAACGACGUGGUGGUGGUGAAGGGGAAGCUCAACCUGUGCUCCCCGGCGGGGCUUGUGGCGGCGGUGGGCGUGAUGGUGCUCAUGGUGGGCAUCUCCAUGGCCAUCCUGGGCUACUGGCCCAGCCCCAACCACCAGGAGUACCAGGAGCGCCGGAGAACCGGCAUGCACCGCGGCCACCGCAUGGGCUACUCCAAAACGCUGCCCACGUCCUCCGAGGUGGCGACCACCACCACCACCUCGACCCCCAACGCCGCCGCCGCCGCCGCCGCCACCGCCACCAGUCCGCCGCAGCUCUACGGCCAGGCGGUGUCGCUCAACCAGAGCCAGGGGAACGUCAGCGCCCCGGAGCCGUCGCACUCCUGCGGCUUCCUGUGCGACUUCCUGGACCGCUACCUGUACUCGGACAACCUGAAGGUGUUCGGCCCUCUGGUGAUGGGCAUCGGCAUCUUCCUGUUCAUCUGCGCCAACGCGGUGCUCCACGAGAACCGCGACAAGAAGACCAAGAUCAUCAACCUGCGGGACAUCUACUCCACGGUCAUCGACCUGCACAGCGUGCGCUCCAAGGAGUACUCGCCGCUCAACGGCCUGGUCAACUACACGCAGUCCCGCAGCGCCGACCCCGGGACGGCCGCGGGCCCAUCGGGGCUCUACAGCGCCACAGGGGGCCACUCCCGCGGCUCCUGGCCAUCCGAAGGGCCGGGCGUCCCGUCGGAGCUGGGCAGCGACGAGACGCUCCGACGGCCCUCGCUGGCGGGCCGGACGCGCAGCUGGUCCCGGGACGUGCAGACCUUCACGGAGACGGUGUACAGCAUCUACCGGGACCACAGCGGCGGCAGCGGCGAGCAGACGGCGCCGGCGCCGCCUCAGUGGGAGACCGCCUCCAUCGGGGCCGCCUCGAUCACCGCCCACACGCUGCCCGUCAUCAAGCUCAACAACCGCGAGGUGGAGGGGGCGGCGAGCGAGGCGGCGGCGGCGGGGGGGGAACGGCGUUCGGAGGACGCGGUUGCGGGCGGGGGAGGCGGAGCCGGGGGCGGGGCAGACACCAAAGAAAAGGAUCCGACGGGCACCGACUCGCCGGCGCUCCCAGAGCACGGAGGACGCUCGCCCGCCGGGAACGCCGAUCCGCAGGGAACGCCGAAAGCGGCCGCCGCCGCCGAGCAGCCGUGGACUCAGACGCAGCUGUCCCCUCCGUCGCCGGUUGCCAGGGCGACGGGGUCGCGACUGUCACUCAACUCGCUGCCCGAUCAGCCACGGCCGGUGCGGCGCUGCAGCUUCUCCGCCUCGGCCUGUCGUCAAGGCGACCGGGGAGGCAGGCGCUUCAGCUGCCCCCGGCUGGAGAGCUCCAACAGCAAGGGCUACAUCAAGCUGAGCGACCUGGGGGGGGAGUCCUUCGAGGCCUCCGACACCGACACCUCCUUGUCGACCUUUGACCGGGAGGGGGCGGCGGCAGCAGGGACAACCGCGGAGGACGUGGGCGGCACUCAGGUAGAGGAGGAGCCGGCCGAGGCCGGUUCCUCCGUGGAGUCCUAGAGGGAUGGAGAAGGGGCAGUCAGGCCACUGGAACGGCCGCUGACGUCUUGUCUUGACUCUUCUGGAUACUGGAUGCUGAUCGCUCCGGCUCGUAUCCGCUGCUAUUGAGAGAACGGCCAGGAGGGAGUACAACGGGGCAAAAGGACUAUUGACACAUAGCCAUGGACACUCUUGAGCAAGGCUCUUUAUAAAUACCACACUGCAAGCUCAAAUAUCAAGACUUUUUUAUAUUUUUUCAAUGUAGCAAGAGCAAUACUGAGAAAAAUUAUGAUAUAUUAGGUUUAUGAUGAGUAAAUACUCAUUUGUAAAACAAAAGUCUUUAGAGUAGAGCUACUUUCAUUCCUACAUUUAUUUUAUAAAAAUAAUUAUGGUAGUUCAACAAAAUAAACUGUAGCUGUAGAAUUGCUUUAGGCAGUCUCUGAGAAUGUGCUACUUCAAAAAAGAAAAAAGAAAGGUGUACUGUAGCAUAGAAUUAUGCCCUGGGUAUGAAGAUACUAGCGUAGGUUUGUUUCUAUACACUGUAAUGUGAAUUACCUUGUGCAUAGGUUUAAUGAAAUGAAUCUCAGGUAGACAAAAGGCUUAGGUUUGGGACCUAGGGGUAAAAAAAGGUCUUGCCAAUGUGCACAUGGGUUAGCAUUUGUCUGUAUCACCUCUGUCAAUCCUAAGUGUCAUUGUGGGAUAUUUUAGUAGCACAGUGUAAAAUGACUUGCUUCAUCCAAGCAAUUUUACUUGCAUUAUGAAAUAUUAAAAAGAAACAAGUUUAUUGAAA